GAAUUUUUGUCAUUCCCCGAAGACAAGUCAAAGUCAAAUAUUUUCAACCAUAUUUGUCGUUCGUAGUUAAAUUUUAGACAAGUUUUAUUUGUUGUUUUACGCGAAAAACAAUAAGUAUAUAUCUUUGAAAAGUUUUCCACGUAGCACAAUAUUCCUUUUUUAGUCAAAGUUGCGUGUUUAGUGCGUUAUUAAGAUGAGCGAUAAGAAAUGGUGGUAUCUAUCUACUGGAGUCACCCGGUGUUUGCUACUACAAUGUUGGCUAUACUGCUGCAGCACAUCUAUACGUCGCUAACGAAUCAAAUUCUAUCUUAACCUAUCAAAACGGAUGAAAAAUCUCUAUCAUAUUAUGGUUUACGCUACUCAUUUGAUAGGUAUAAGGUAUUUUGCCAGAGGUCAACGGGAUAUCGUAAUUUACAAAUCUAUUGGUGGUGCUGUACCCCCACCACCGCAAGCUCAAGCUUAUACCCCACAACCACCUCCGCAAGCUAAUCCCAGUGUACAGGCUCCCCAACCUUAUGGAGUUAUACCAGGAAUUCCAACGUCGUCUCCUUAUGUUAUACCGGGACAGACACAGCUGUAUCCCCAGGGACCUCCUCCUACUUAUGAUCAGGCGUUGACUCAUCCUGCUUUAGUAGGACAACACAUCUAUCCUCCUGGGACUAUGUACGCUACAGGUUAUCCAACCUAUCUAGGAUACCCAGCCUACACCCCAAUGCAGUAUUAUCCUUCACUAGGUGCUUAUUCUUAUGCUAUGCAACCAACAGCUCAGUUGAGACCGACAAUCAUGAUACCGAAUGGCUACGAUGCAGGUGCCAGAUUCGAUGGUAUAGCGCAACAAGUAAUACCACCUGCACCUCCCGGUGUACCUCCAUCUGCGGCACAGUUGGCAGCAAUGGCAGGCCAUCAGGUGGCUUUGGGACAGAAGAAGAACACCUUUUUAACAGGGGGCUCAGACGGGGGUUAUACAUUUUGGUAGGGUGUUUGAUUAGGUUAGUGAAUUUUCAUUUUAUAGACAGGUUCGUUUUGUCUGGUCUAUUAUGAUAUUCUCUCGAAAAUUGGAGAGUAAGUAUUAUUUUUGUGACUUCAAUUGACUUUCCUGAUGGUUUGCAAUAUUUUCUUGAGUUGAGCCAAAAUGGAUAUUUGACUAUAAAAAGUAUUUGAUUUGUUUGUUACUGUUGUGCUAAAGAAUCCAUUUUUCUUAUUUAUUUACACUUCAAGCUUUAGAAUAUUUCGCUGAGUUUGUGCAAUCAAAACGAGUGUUUUCCAAAGAUCAAUUUCACACAUUCCUUUUAUAUUUGAUGUAAUUUUCCCGUAGUUGUAUCGACUUAAUUCAAGAGUUGAAACUAUUUUUUUAAAGUUGAAUAUUUUUGGAAUGAUUUCAAAUAAACUAUUACAAGCAACUCGAUAUUGACAAAUGUAGUGCAAUAAAUGUUUUAUAGUAGGUUAUGAAGUUCAAUCAUGUUGUUAAAGAUAUGUUUGGUUGAAAGUUGACUCAUUAGAGAAAUUGAAAUCAUUCGGCAAUAAAACAGUAAGAAAUAGGCUAAAUAUGAGAAUUUUUGCUCAUUAAAAAAAUGGAUAUAGUACAAUUUUUUUGAUGUUUUUGUAAGGACCUAUGACAAGAAUUGGACUGGAAACCGUUAUAUGCUUCUGGGAAACAUUUUUUUGUUGAAUAAAUUACAACCCCAAUCUGAACAUUGUAUUAUUUGAAAUUAACUAAUUUUUUUCGAAGAAAUUUUCGCAGCUUAUUUCUUCCUAGUCAAUAAUGAAUAUUUAAUACAAUCUUCAGGCAAUGACAAUGUAGAUUAUACAUAUAUGAAACACCAACAAAAAUUUGUUACUUGCCAUUAUUUUGUUGUACUGAUGUUUAUGUUGUUAACUUUUACAAUGAAAAUUACUAUUGUAAGACUGCAAAAAUCUAUUGUGAAAUAUAUUAUGAACAGUA